CGUCUUGAGUAUCUGUUGCUGUAAAAUACAUAAUGUAAGCACAGUGUAAGACCUGUGAGGAAUACGGCAACCAUACAAGUGGCAGCACAAUAGAACAACGAGGUAAAACAAAUCCAUCCUGUGUUAUCCCGAGAUUUGUUCCAUCUCCAGCAGCGCCGGAGCUACGAAAGACCGCAUUUUUGUACGCCCAAUACAUGGAACAAUUCUGAUAGUGUUGAUGACAGAUGAGAUGGUGUGUUUGAAACCCUGCCGCCAGCUGAUCGUGAAGGUCACGAACGUGUGAUUCGGCAGAUUCGCUAGUGUGAACAUCAAAUCCCUAUCAUGCUUGCAUACGUAUACAUUACUGUGUACCUUGACAGUUGCCGCAUUAUACCUCAGAGGUUGGUUAUAUCCGUAUCUUUAAAAUCGAGUUUCGCUGGGGAUACAUGUGGCUAAAUGAAAUCGGCUCUGUUGUCAACAUUGUUUUUCCUUGGGAUGCAAAAACGAUCUGCUGGAGUGCCAUUUCACUUUGACCCACAGAACAGUCAUGUCAACAUCCAGUGAUUGUAUGGACGAAUACAAUGUCACAUCUGGCAAUUCGAGCUCGUAUAACAAUGCGUACAGGACUCGGGAUGAAGAUUUGGCGCAGCUGGAAAUAGCCUUAAUGGGAGUCUGCUUUGGUGUAGCUUUUGUUGGCAACAUGGCUGUUCUUAUUGUGCUUCUGCUGCGUCGACAAAAAAUCACAAGGAUGUACUACUUUAUAUUACAUCUUUCCCUGGCUGAUCUCUCUGUGGCAUUCCUCAACGUUCUUCCACAAAUGAUCUGGGAUAUCACAUGGCGCUUCAAAGGCAACGAUUUCCUAUGUAAAACUGUUAAAUUUUGUCAAGUGUUCUCCAUAUACCUUUCGGCUUGGAUAUUGGUCAUGAUGUGUUACGAUCGAAUGAUGGCCAUUUGUUAUCCGCUAAACAGUUAUUCUUGGCGCGGUCGGCGUUGUCAAGUGAUGAUAUUGACGGCGUGGAUCAUCUCGAUUUUGUGCUCAUUACCACAGAUUUUUGUAUUUUCCCAACAGCAAAUACUCCCCGGCGUUUUUGACUGUUGGGCCUCGUUUAUCGAACCAUGGGGCUCCAAAAUGUAUGUGGCCUGGUUUGCCUUCAGUAUUUACCUUUUUCCAUUGAUUUUGCAAAUAUUCAGCUAUUCCAAAGUUAUCCAAACAGUAUGGAAGGUAAUACGCCUCAAGGAAAACGGUGCCUUAAAAAUCAAACCCGGCGGUAAAGCGUCAGUGGUGCAAAGGUCACGUAACUCGCUUUCACGGAAAAGUACAGUUUCCCAGUCUUCCUUGCCGAUUCUUAAUGCGCGCUCAUCUGUCGGACGGACGACUCAUUCCACUUAUCGGAGAGUGUAUAACAGAACUAAACUCUUAACAGUGAAGCUGACGGCAGUUGUGAUUGUAUGCUACAUUGUAUGCUGGUCGCCGUUCAUAUUUGCGCUUCUAUGGACCACAUUUUUCCCGGAAUUGUCCAAUUUAACGAGUUCCAGUGAAAAACUAUUUGCCAUCCUCUUGUUGCUGGCUAAUCUGAAUUCAUGCACAAAUCCGUGGAUUUAUUUAUUUUUUAGUUUACGAAAGUAUGUACGGUGUCAGGCCAACUGGUCGCGGUUGUCGCGUCGCGGUGCUGGUACUCCCGGUCGAUCGGCCGGCAGUACAUUUAGCCACAAUAGUGAAGUGCAGGAAGAAGAAGGUGGCGCCGAGGAAACUCGACCCCAUCGACCACACUAUCACACCAUGAAUCCGUUUCAGCGGCGCAAAGACAUCUUCGGCAUAUCGCUGGCUAUCGUCAACAGUCGGGAAGAUGUGAACGCCGUGGUGAGGUUGUGAUAUGGGAAGCGGAAGAGUUCCGUCAUAUACUGUUUCCCCAAUGUGAUCGAUUCAAAUUACCAGUGUGAUGAAAUCCAAACCACAUGCACGGGAAAGGGAAGCCCAGUGUUUUUAAGUGGCGAUGCGUGUGUACAUGUUUAUUGUUGACUGGAGUUUGCCAAAAACGGAUAUCGAUCUGGGUCGAGAGAGUGUGAUUUAGUCGGCUAAGCAUUGUGUAGUGCCCAUUUACGGCCCAUUGCACCGCACGUAGACAGUCCAUAACAGUGAUAAUACUGAGCCGGCGCAUAAAGUAGGUUUCAUGGGAUUAACUUAGAUUGGAUAACAGGCCACUAAUUGAUUUUGAAAUGUGCUUGUCACACAACAGACGGGAUACGCUCAAAACGUGAUGCCGGAUUCCAGCGGAAGCCUGCAUUAGGGCACCCGUGCGUAUCCAACUGUACGGGGUUGUACACUGAUUGAUCUAAUUGGAAAUUGAGAAUUCCUGUUGAGUAAUCGAUAUGGUAGAUGUGAAUGCGGCUCGAGUGAGGCAGUUUAUUGAUACGCGGAAGAAUCCACAAAAUUUACACGAAGGAAAAAACUCAGCGACAUGCCUGAUUGACCUCGAAGUGCAACUAUCAGUAAAUUUACGUUUUUGACGAGUCAGUUACUUUUUGCGGCUAUUUGUCGCAGCAGUCGUCAGCGCAAGGCAGGAAUUAUCCUGCUACUGUUGAUCAGAUUCCACCGGAGGCGGUUCGCGCCUGGCGCUAAUAGCUGAUCCCGCAGUUGGCUUUUUAGCCCGAUUUUACAAGGCACGGUCGAUCUACCGGCCGGAGCACUUCAGUGGUAUUAAAUGACAACAAAUUUUCAACGAACUUCGGAACUGCUUUGACAUAAUCUUCACACCAUGCCGCUAUCACGUCAAUAACGUCCUGUGCAAGCAGUAUUGACCAGAUUGCAUAUUCCCUGGCUUCCGUGUUACCAAGCCUCCUAAUUUUCCUUAACAAGAUGUCAUUACCAUAAUUGCCAGCAGGAAUCUUUGGCUGCGGACGAUUUUGUUGGCUGUAAUUGAACGAUGACGAGAUGUGCUAAUUUUUUUUGCACGAAAAGCUUUUGUGAACAGUACUUACCCUCGUCAGAAUUGUGAUAUAGUUUAUUGAUAGCUUUUGAAUCAAAUGUAGAUGUUAUAGGUAAUGUAAUAAUACUUAGAUUUAUACGAAAAUGACCGAUUUCGAUAUGAGUACUAGAUGUAAAAUAUAUCUAUUCAGGUAUAUAACAGCGAGCUUGUCUAAAACACAGCGACGAUGCCAUUAGCAAUGAAAACACGAUCCGUAACACAGUUAUCACGCAGAACCCGAUAUUCUAUGAAUAAAAAAGCCUGAACAGCUCAGUAUGAGAUCCUAAAAAAGGUAGCACUAGCCAGGCAUUCUGCAUUCAGUUUUGGAUGUCGACAUCCAUGCAUCGCACGGCAAAUCUGCUUUUGGGAAGC